AUGGAUGAGUUCUUUGCUGGUGGGAUGGAUGGCAGGUUUAGAGUUUCUAUAACAGAUUCGACCAUGAUGUCGAUUGUGCACCAUUCAAUGGAUAAAGCACACGAGAAAGUAAAAUCAAAAGAAGGGAUUGUCGAGCGCUUGAAUGAGAUGUCAAAGUUCUAUGAGUUGGCGGUAAUGCAGUUAGAGGGGUGUCUGAUGUUUGUACAAGAAGAGACAUACGGCUGCAUACUUGAAAGCAAUUACGAGGAAUUACUCGCAGACCUAAAAGAGAUAAGAGACCACCUUCAAGGACGUCUAAAGGAAUCUCAGCUAGCUAUAUCCGAUAAGGACAGAGAAUUAACAGAAAGAGCAGGAAAUGAAAUGAAGCUUAGGCAAGCAUUGGAGCUAAAAGAAAGAGAGUUGGUUUCAUUGCGUGCUAACCUUGAGAUCGAAAGAACAAAGACUGAAGGUAUUGAGGAGUUUGUUCUAGGCAACCGGAUAGUUAGAGAUAAAGAUAGAGAUAGAGAUAGAGAUGGUGAAUUUUGUGAGCUGAAGAACUCUGUGCAUCAACAGGUAUGGAAUAUCAAACAAAAACUAGGCCCUGAUAAUAGUCUAAUUGAGGAGGAAAGAAAUAGAGGUUUUGACAAUGAAAAGAUUGAACAAAUGGGCUUGGACAUAGAUAUGCUGAAGGAAACGUUAGAUCUCGCUUUUGGAAAGAUGCAGAAAGCCAUAUUUUUGUCUCACAUGGGGCCAAUAGAGCAGCAGUGGAGGUGGUCUAUAGAGAACGAUACCAUCUCUAUUUUGAUUAGAGGCAUAGUGAGGAAUCUCGAAGAGAGUUUUGAAGCAAAAGUAAUGAGGAAGCAAGAGAAACAAGUUCGUGUGUGCUUGAGUGAGCAUUGGUCAGAUUUGAUGAAUGAAGUUGCAAGUUUGCGUCGAGAACUCGAGCCCCUUUGCAGAGAAAAUGAUAUGCAGGCGAAUGGUAUUAAGACCCGUAAUGCUUCAGCCCCUCCAUCAAUUUCUGGACGCAAGAUUUCUCAUAUAGCAAGAGAAAUGCUUUCACCCGAAUAUGAUAGUUGCAACAAAACUGGAAAUUUCUCCUUGAAGGUUGGGGAGGUAGAUGAGCAGGAAGAGCUUACUGGGAAGGAACAACAAGUGGGUAGAAGGCAAUAUGUGGCUAAGAUGAUAAAAAGUCAUGAAUCUAUUAUUCGGAGGCAAAGUGAAGAUCUGAAUAGGCUGAAGCGAGAAAUUCUUCGAGAAAAAGGAUGUUUAUCCCUCAGGGAAGAAAAGGACCCUCAAAAUCUUAGAAGAAGGAUCCAAGAAAUUGUUGUGAGACUGAACAAUUUCAUGGAAUGGGAUGCUAAGAUGGGAAAAAAAUUUGGUGAUCAUGCAUCCAUACAUGGAAAUGAAAAUUUUAUCGAGAAAAGGGUAUCACAAUUUGAUGAGAGCAUCAAUACUUUGGCAGAUGGCUGGGAGAAGAUUAAUAAAGUUUCAUUUAAUUCUCAUGCAGUACUAAAUGAAGAGCAACAAAAUGAGAUAAGGAUGCUAAGACAAGAAAAAGAAGACGCAAAUCUGAAGGCAAUGAUAUUAGAGGAGAUAUAUUUUACCCUUCUGAGAGGACAAAGGAAAGAAUUUUACAUUGAGUUAGAUUAUUAUGAUUUAGAGUGCCUGAUACACGAGGGUAUAUGUAAAUAUUUGUUCAGGGAAAAGGUAGGACAGUGGAAUGAGAGCUUUGAGAGCAGCAUUAUUGAAGCCCAGAUCAGAGAGGAGAUACAUUUCCUUGCCUUCAGGGAGGCAUUGAAGGAUUAUAAGAUUGUGGAAGACUCUAGGUAUACUGACGAGUUAGGCAGUGUAGAGGGCUCUGUAAGAGAGGGCAUAUGGACAGCUUUCUUGCGGCAAGUUUUUAAAGAAUGGAACGAAAGCACAGAAGGACAGAACACCGCAAGCUUGAUUAGAGAAGAGAUAUAUAGAAUUGUCUUUGGUGAGAGCUUCAAAAGUAUUGCCUGCAGCGCCAGUAGUUCUACAUUAAAUCAACUUCAAGAGGUUAAACUUCCUGAGGAUUUUCUCCCAAUCACCAGUGAGAUGGUGAAGGAAUUCAAGACGGACAUAGAUUCUUAUAAUGUAGAGAGUCUGAUUAGGGAAGAUAUCUUUCAUUUUGUGAUUGUCGAGGCAGUGAGAGAUGCCUCCAUCUUGCAUAGAGAAUUAGGCGAGUCUAGAAUUCAAGGCAAUAUGUUGGGAGAUCUGCACUCUUCUAAGGAGUUAAAUAAUGGUAUAAACGCUAGUGUUGAGAAUAAAUUAGUUCGGAAACUAGAUUCUCUAUCACAAUGUUUUCAGGUGGAGGAUUUAAAGCCAAGUGCAAGUACUGAGUUAGAGGAACGAACUGCACACCUUGACCUUGUGAGCUUGAAAUAUGAAGAGAUGGAUGAGAAAAAUAUAUUUGAAAAGCUGUUAAUUGAAGAGGAACAUACUUUAAGCUCAGGAAGUAGCAAGCAAGAGAAGUCCUCGCAACAGUUGGUCACAAGUAAGGCACUGUUCGGUGAGUUGGGCCCUAGUUUAGGCACAAGUAUCGCUGGUGAUCUAGAAUGCGUUCAUGAUGAGAUGACUCCUAUAUUAGAUGUUUCACAAGUUGGAGAGGCCUCCUUCCAUAUACCCAAUGAUUAUGAAGCGGGACAAUUAACUGAAGCGGAUUCUGUCUUCUCGCCGGCUCUCUUGGGAUUUCAGCAAGCACUUGCAGAUUUUGAGCAUCUAGUGCUCGAAAAAUUAGGAAAGAACAUUUUGAGGUUGAUAGAGGUGAAGGACAAUUUAGACCCGCUUGUUGAGCUUGUUGCCUCUCUGAGAAACAAGGAAUUGCUUUACAGGAAGGCCUUUGUUAGGAGAUGUUACAACCUGCAGAAGGCUGAACUUGAGGUAGAUUUGCUUGGUGAUCAAGUGGAUGUGCUUCUAGGUCUACUUGAGAAAAUAUACACAAGACUGCAUCAGUAUUCACCAGCUCUGCAGCAGUACUUUGAGGUCUCAGACAUUUUGAAUUUGAUUAAGAAAGAACUAACUGGAGGAGUUGUUCGUAUACCCAAUAAAUAA